CAGGACGGUGGGCGCAUGCGCUUCGGCGGGCAGCUCCGGGCGGUCGGACCUCCGGUGUCUCCGCUGAUCUGGUCAGGCCGUCGAGGCCCUCCUGGGCAUCUUUCCGCUACAGCGUUGUCGGCGGGCGGCCCCAGGGGUUGUCAGCGGCCGCAGGGGUCCCGGAUCCCCUCACUCUGCACACUACCUCCCCAUGAACCCUGGCCGAGAGCGGGGCGCGCCAAUCCCAGGAAGACAGACAAGCUCCGUCAAAGGGUGUCUCCGGAGGUGCCGGCGUGAACUCCGCCUUGGGUUCACUGGGACCCCGACCCUCCCACCAUGCUACCCUCCACGGAAUGGGAGCAAUCCGGCCUGGGGAGCGCAGUCCUUGUGCCCACUUAACAGGAGAGAGCUGGAGGCGCUAGAAUCCUCCGGCCCCAUCAGUAACUGAAUCUGCCCAGGGCCCCUGAGAGUCAUGUCCUGAAUCUCCUUGUCUGGCCACCAGUGAGGCAUGGGGAUGGGGAGCACUACCAGAACCUGGGCCAGGUGGGGUCUGCCAUGGGCAAGCCUGUCCAGCCCCUGCCUGUGGGGAGAGCUGGCCUCAUAAAAAUAGUUUCACUGUUUCCCCAACUGAAUUUUCCACCCAGCCCAUGAAUGGGGUCAUUAUGCAACAGUGGACACUGCACUGAGGCUUGCUUUCUGCUCCCACAGUCCCCUCCCUGGCCCUGGGGGUGGGGGGGUGGGGGGGUGGGGAGGCAGAGCCUGGCCACUGUGAGUAUGCCUGAAGCAGUUAGGUGCAGCUGCUGCUCCCAGGGCCGGCAUCAAAAGGGUCCUGAUUGCAGAGGCCUGGGGCUGGCCCUCUCUGCUCCUCAAGAGUGCCGUGGGGGAAGGCUUGGAGGGACGUGAGCACACAGGAGGUAGGAGAGUUGGUGUCUGAACGCGGGGUGGGCUGGGCAGCUGAGUAAGCCAGCAUACGUACUGCCUACUGCCCUCCCUGGAGAGAAAACCCGGGACAGGGCCAAGCGGGGGCUGGGGUAUCCACUCAUAGGUUGUUUCAGGGGAAGUGCUGCAUAUCGACUAUGAGGCAGGUGGUAAUCAUCAGCCUGGACAGGUCUGGAAACCACGUGCCGGACUGCAUGGCUCUGUGGGACAACGCUGGUGUUCCAAACCCUUCACCAAGCCCCUGAGUGCCUCUUGGUACAGGCCACAAGUCAGCGAGGUGACUGAUCACACAACCAUUAACAGAUGCCAGCAGAGGGCAGGCAGCCAUGCUUACCCUCGACCCUGGCCCACCCGGGGCAUCUCAGGCAGGAUCUGGCCCCAGGCCCUGGGCAGAACCCAGAAGGAGUGCCCGUCGUCCCCCAGUCUGCUGCCAGCGUCAUCAGGCCACCCACCACGGGAGAAUGGAGGCACCUGCACAGGAAGGCUCCAGCUUCAAGGCAGGAGCUAUGGCCCAGGCAUCCGGUGGCUCCCCAGAGUCCCAUGAUGCCCAGCUGCCCCCGCCACCUCAGCCCGAGAUCGAGGAGGGGCAAGGGGAGGGGCUUGUGGAGCUGCACGCCUCCUUCCGGGAGCUGUUCACCUUCUUCUGCACCAACGCCACCAUCCAUGGCGCCAUCCGCCUCGUCUGCUCCAGCCAGAACCGCCUCAAGACGGCAUCCUGGGGGCUGCUGUUCCUGGGUGCCCUGGGCGCACUCGACUGGCAGUUUGGGCUCCUCUUUGAGCAGUACUGGAGCUACCCGGUCAUCAUGACCGUGUCCGUGCACUCGGAGCGAAAGCUCUUCCCGUCGGUCACUCUGUGUGACAUGAACCCACACAGGCCGAGCUCAGUCCGCCACCAUCUGCAGGCACUCGAUCGGUUCGCCCGGGAGAACAUCCGCUCUCUCUACAAAUUCAACUUCAGCGAGGACGGGGAUGUCCCCUUUGCCGACGACCAGGGCCCACGGCCUGCCUUCUACCUGGACCACAGCGUCCGUCUGCAGAGGCUGAGCCACCCAGAUGGCCAGAGCAGAGUGGGUUUCAGACUGUGUAACAGCACAGGCGGAGACUGCUUCUACCGGGCCUUCUCGUCAGGUGUGACAGCCGCCCGAGAAUGGUACCGCUUCCACUAUGUGAGCAUCUUGGCCCUGCUGCCCGCUGCCCACGAGGACAGCCACCAGAGCCACGGUGGCCACUUUGUCUUCUCUUGCCAAUUCGACGGCCGGGACUGCCAGGCCCGAGAUGACGCAGGUCAGAGUCCCUCAGGCCACAUGCAGUGGGGUCAUGGGUCAGAGGAGGGUGCUGGUCUGAGUGUGGCUCCUGGCUCCAGGCACUUCCAGACGUUCCACCACCCCACCUAUGGCAGCUGCUAUACCUUCAAUGGUGUCUGGGCUGCGCAGCGCCCGGGCAUCACCCAUGGAAUCAGCCUGGUCCUCAGGACUGAGCAGCAGGACCACCUCCCGCUGCUGUCCACGGAGGCUGGCAUCAAAGUCAUGAUUCAUGAACGUGACCACACACCUUUCCUGGAACACCAGGGUUUCAGCAUCCGGCCAGGGACCGAGACCACCAUCGGCAUCCGAGAGGACGAGGUGCGCCGGCUGGGGAGCCCCUAUAGUCACUGCACCGACGGUGUGGAGGGUGUGGGUGGGCAGCUGCUGUACAAUGCCUCCUAUACCCUGCAGGCCUGCCUGGUAUCCUGUUUCCAGCAGCUCAUGGUGGAGACCUGCUCCUGCGGCUACUACUUCUACCCUCUGCCGGCAGGGGCCCAGUACUGCAGCUACUCCCGGCACCCAGCCUGGGGCCACUGCUUCUACCGCCUCUACAGGGACCUGGGGACACACCGACUUCCUUGUGCCUCCCGCUGCCCCAGGUCCUGCAGGGAGUCUUCCUACAAGCUCUCUGCCGGGACCUCGAGGUGGCCUUCCUCCAAGUCAGCUCACCCUGAGGGCUGGGAGGAGCAGUGGCCACAACGAGGCUUCUGUGUGCAGGACUGGAUCCUGGCUGUGCUGGGCAAGCCAGGCCGCAGGAGCUCAAGCCAGAGCAAGAGCCCAAGCCCAAGCCUCAGGAGCAACAUGGCCAAGGUGAACAUCUUCUACCAGGAGCUCAACUACCGAACAGUGGAGGAGACACCCGUUUACUCGGUGCCCGAGCUGCUCUCAGCCAUGGGCAGCCUCUGGAGCCUGUGGUUCGGCUCAUCUGUCCUCUCUGUCCUGGAGCUGUUGGAGCUGCUGCUCGAUGCCGUAGCCCUCACACUGCUACUGGGCUGCCGCCGGCUCCGCAGAACUCAGGGGUCCCAGACAGGGGCAGCCACAGUGGCGUCCCACGCCCAGCCGGAGGCCAGCCAGUUGCCCACUGACUGCAGGAACGAUGUUAAUCAUCUGGGGGGCCCUGCUGGCCUCUUCUCCCAUGCCGCUUCUGGGAGCUGUGGCAGGAAUCUUUGCUGAAGUUAGGCCAAGUGAGAGCCCCAGCCUCCUGACACCUGAACCAGCCUGAGCUUGUUCUGACCCUGAGGAAUAUGGGAGCGGUGGGCUCUCCUGGCUGCCCAGAGUGAACCAGACCAGCCCCACAGAGCCGCCACCAGGCACCCAAGCCAAGCCCAGGGCCCAGGAAGCAGCAGCACGGAGCCCACAGGCAGGCAGGCGGGCACCAGGGUGCCCAGCCCAUUGGGCCCUCUCAUCAGCCCAGUGGUGGCCCAGGGGUGGCCCCACUCAAGGAGGCCCAGGCAGGGGGGAGGGGAGCGUCCCCACCACUCUGGAUUCCUGCGUC